AUGGCUUCUCAUUUAAGUACGAAGGAUAGAUUGUUGUCCAUAAUAGAUGAUAUGGAACUAAUAGCUAAAGAAAUUAUAGAAGUAUCCAUAGCACCGAAAUCUCAAAAACUGUCAGCUGCAGACCACGCACAAUUGACCGAUUUAUUGUUAGCAAAAGAUAUUGAACUAAAGAAAACUUUGGAAUUAGCUGGCGAACAAGCUAAGAUUCAGCAGAAAAUGAACGAUCUGAAAUCUGAAGUAGAUAAUAAGGAUCAAGAUAUACAUCAUUUACAAAGACAAUUAAAGGAUGCUGAACAGAUUUUGGCUACUUCCUUGUACCAAGCUCGACAAAAACUUGCAUCUAUAGUUAAAUCGCGUAAACGACCAGUCCCAUCUGAGGAACUUAUAAAGUUCGCCCACAGGAUAAGUGCUUCUAAUGCAGUCAGUGCACCAUUGUCCUGGCAACCUGGAGAUCCACGAAGGCCAUAUCCAACAGAUCUUGAAAUGAGACUUGGAAUGCUUGGGAGGCUUUGUGAUUUACCACUAAAUGGUCAUGCACCAUCCACACUAAAUGACUUACACAGAAUAACUACUGGUGGAGUUCCGGCAUCAGCAACCAACCAAUUCACUUGGCACUCUUCAGGAGAGCUUCACAUGUCAGUUGGAGGUGGAAACUCAGUGGCGAUAGAUGGACGUGGCAAGGAUGCUCCUAAUCAAGAAGAUGUGGAAGUUAUGUCAACAGAUUCAAGUUCUAGUUCUAGCAGCGACUCGCAA